GUUUUUUAAACGUGAAAAACGUUCAAUCUAUAGUGAAAUGCUUUUAUAUAAAAUCUGCAUGUUUUAUUUUGAGGAACAAACCUAGCAAAGUAACCUCUUUUUUUUAUUCUUUGACGUUUACCCAACGUUGCCGGGUCCAUUCCAAAUUUUGAACAGUACUGAGUACUCAAGUGACAAAAAUUAUACAAUUAUCGCAUGUUCCAGAAUGGCAUGCCCUCUGCUAAAUAUAAACGAACCACACUUUACAGUUAAUCUUUUAACAGCUGCAGCACUCACAGAUCAAGACUCUGCAAUAUUCGAAUAUGGUAAUGUGCUAGUGCAGAAGACUUAUUUUGAAAAUGAUGCUGUUAGGAUCAUAUCUGGAGGCCCUGCGUGCCUCCUAGACCUAGUGGGCAAAGGAAUGUUGACCUGUUACAUUCAAGGGGAACAACUUAUGGCACCGACUUCAAGUUUGAUCUUAAGGACUAUAAGAGAGCUGAGUUACAAUCACCAGAAAGGCAGUUUGCUACUAGUGCCAGCUGAUUCAGGAACAUUGCUCAAUUUUGGUGUAGCAAUAGAGAGAGCUUUAAAUGAUAAUUUGAAAGUCAAGAUGAUUCCAAUUAGUGAUGACUACGAAAAUGUGUUUAAAACAUCAAUUAGAAAACGAGGCCUCAGCGGUAUAGUGCUCCUAAGCAAAAUAGCUGGAGCGAUGUCAGAAAGGGGCAAGUCGCUGCUAGAAAUCUAUGAAUAUUGCUUAAAACUGAUGCAUAACAUGAAAAGUAUUGGUUUCACCAUUCCUACUUCCAACGAAUCUGUACCAUCUCCUUGUAAAUGUAUGGAAAAGGUUGGAGAUAUCUGUGAACCAGAAACGAAGAGAAUAAAGGCUGAAUAUGAUUUUAAAGAAAAAAUAUGUGCCAAAACUCAUGAUGCCAUCUUGUAUAUAAGAGCAUUUGAAGAACCUGAGGUACCUUGGAAAAUAAACCUAACUGUUGGGGAUGAAGUUGUGUUAUUACUAAACACCAACAAAACCUUAACAAAGGCAGAAGAUUUCAUGUGUGCAAAAGCUUUCAUAGAUUAUUUGGAUAGUAUCUCAGUAUUAGUACAUAGACUUUACAUUGGACCAUUUAUAACUGAUCUACAUGGAACCAAUCUUACUGUCACCAUUUUAAAACCACAUAAUCCUGCUGUGAUAGAAUAUCUAGAUGAUGUCUGCAAAGCUCCAGGCUGGAGGAGAGUUAACCAGCACAAAAUAAUUGCAGUUAGUGAAAUACUAAUGACUGCGAAACUGACAAGGAAAGACAGGCUGGCCCCACCAAUUAGAGGCGCAAAAUUGUCAGAAAAAUUGGCGAAUAUACUCAUGUACUCAACACAAUUUGCGUGCGAAGCAUUGAUUUCGUGUGAAAAGCAACUGAAUGUGAUUGACUCUGAAAGAGGUAUAUCGCAGCAUACAGCAUGAGGGUUAGAGUACACCGGGGGGCGGCAGGAGAAACAAUUUUCGCGUUACCCCAGCAUGCCGACGCCGCCCGCCGCGAGGUCCCACUAAAUGCUUUCUGAUGCUGGCAAAGAAAAAUAUAAUAGUUCUAUCUAUUGUCUGGUAGUUACGGUAUGCUACGCUUAGCCGAUGGAUUUUGAACGUGGCAAACGACGUCGGCAUGCCGCAGUAUCUCUUGGAAUUCCGUGGCAUAUGUAGCUGCUCUUUUCUGCCGUCUGUCGGUAUGCUCUAGCACAAACAAUAAAUACACUAAUACUAGGGUGAAAUUAGCAAUUAAUUUGAAGGAAAAGGCGACACAGGCUCCAGGCUAAGAACAGCAGCAGAAACUCUUUUGAAGAGGAUAAAUCAAGACAAAGUAAUAACCAACUGCCCGUUCGCAUUUUUCGAGUCAUUGAGCAAGAUGUUGGAACGAUGUGUCGGAGGGGCGACAGGCUGCAUCUAUAGCAUCAUGUUCGAGGCCGCAGCUUUGGUUUUCGGAAAAAUGAGCGAGGAUGACAUCAUCACCCCUCAAAACUGGUUGCAGGCCCUUCAAGUUGCCGCAGAUGCACUGAAAAAGUAUGGUAAUGUAGAAUUUGGUGAGUGUACUAUGUACGACCCUAUAUACGCAUGUUGUCAGACAGCUAAAGAAGGGCUAGAAAUGGGUCAGGACUAUAUCGAGGCUUUCGGGAAAGGUGUAGCAAAGGCUGAAGAGGCUGCUCAAAAGACCAGGCUAGAGUCAUAUAAGCACCCAGACGCCGGAGCUCAUGCAGUGGGCAUAUGGCUAAGGGCUGUGUAUGAGGGGGUCAAAGUUAUGAAUCCUCAAUGAAAAAGCUGUGAUUCUUUGAAUAAAUUUUAUUGUUUAUAAUGCAUAAUAGA